UUUUGUGUGGCCGUCUGUCCGCGCGCGCCAGCCGCCGCUCUGUGUCCGGGCGCGGCCGGAGAGGAGCAAGAGGCCGGCCGCGCCAGGGAAGCCUUUCGGCCCGGGGAGCGAGGGGUCGCGCGGCUGGCCGGCCGGGAAGGGCGAUGCCCGAAGAGCCCGCCGUUGCUCGCUGCUAAAUGGCGCCCCGCCGGAGCCCUGACCUCGCCGCCGCCGCCGCCGCCGCCCUCCUCCUGCUUGCCGCCCUCCCAGGGAUAAGGAGCUUUAGUGAACUGUUUUUCGUGAAAGAGCCUCAAGAUGUGACUGUUGCCAGAAAGCAAGCGGUGGUUUUAGACUGCCUGGCCCGUGGUGAGGUCCCCAUCACCAUCACCUGGCUCAGAAAUGGAGUUAAAGUUUCUGAAAACGAACAGAUCCAUUCUCUGUCCAAUGGCUCUUUAUACAUACGCGAGCUGGAGAGCAGCAAGCCAGGCGAAAGGCUGGAUGAAGGAGGCUAUCAGUGCUUGGCUCUGAAUAAACACGGCGCUGUUCUCAGCCAGAAAGCGCAUCUCACCUUUGCAACCCUCUCUGCCUUUGAAGUCCAGCCUCUCCCCACGGAGGUCCAUGAAGGGGGCGUGGCUAGAUUUGCCUGCAAAAUCCCAGCCCACCCUCCAGCCAUCAUCACCUGGGAGGUGAAUGGGACAGUGCUGCUAAUGGAGACGGACAGGAUAACUGUGCUGCCAUCCGGAGUGCUACAGAUCUAUAGUGUUGAGCCAAAAGAUGCAGGGAGUUACCGUUGUGUUGCUACAACAGUUGUCGGCCGGCGGAGGAGUGGCGAGGCUAAACUCACUGUUGCUCCAGCUACCAAUACCAAGCUCUUCCAUAAGCCGUCCAUUAUAGCUGGCCCCCAAAAUAUGACAGCUUCUCUCCACCAAACGGUCAUCUUUGAGUGUGUGGCCAUCGGGAAUCCAAAACCAAUUGUGUCCUGGAGUCGCCUUGACCACAAGUCCAUCGAUGUUUUCAACACACGGGUGCUUGGAAAUGGGAACCUCAUGAUCUCGGACGUGAAGGUACAACAUUCUGGUGUGUACGUUUGCCGUGCUACAAUCCCUGGCACACGCAACUUCACCACUGCAAUGGCAACACUGCUGGUGCUAGCCCCCCCUUCUUUUGUGGAGUGGCCGGAGAGCUUGACCAGGCCCCGAGCUGGCACAGCCCGUUUUGCCUGCCAGGCAGAAGGCAUUCCGACACCCAAGAUAUCCUGGCUGAAGAAUGGCCGGAAGAUCCAUUCCAAUGGCAGAAUCAAGACCUAUACCAGUAAAUUGGUGAUCAACCAGAUCAUCCCGGAAGAUGAUGCCAUCUACCAGUGUGUGGCUGAGAACAGCCAAGGGACUGUCCUUGCCAGGGCACGCCUGACAGUAGUUCUCUCUGAAGACCGGCCCAGCGCACCUUGCAAUGUUCAUGCAGAAACCAUGUCAAGCUCAGCCAUUCUCUUGGCAUGGGAGAGGCCACUGUAUAAUUCAGACAAAGUGAUUGCCUACUCGGUGCACUAUAUGAAGGCGGAAGGCUUAAACAAUGAAGAAUACCAAGUGGUGAUUGGAAAUGACACCACCCAUUAUAUUAUUGAUGACUUGGACCCUGCCAGCAACUACACCUUUUACGUGGUGGCCUACAUGCCCCUGGGGGCCAGCCAGAUGUCUGACCACGUCACUCGGCAUACACUGGAAGACGUUCCGCUGAGGGCUCCCGAGCUCAGCCUGACCAGCAGAACCCCCUCUGAUGUCCUCAUCUCCUGGCUGCCCAUCCCAGUCAAGUACCGGCGAGGGGAGGUGGUGGCUUUCCGCCUCUCCUUCCGUCUCAGCAUGGAGAGCAGCAUCCAGGGACUGGAGCUCCCAGGGACCACCUAUGAAUACUUGCUUCGGGGGCUGAAGCCCGACAGCAUCUACUUGGUUCGCAUUUCUGCUGCCACAAAAGUCGGUUGGGGCGAGGCCUCUCUGUGGACUUCCCAUCGCACCCCAAAAGCCACCAGUGUCAAAGCACCAAAGUCUCCUGAAUUGCGCCUAGAACCCCUGAACUGCACAACAAUCACCAUAAAGUGGCAGCAAGAGCUUGCAGACAUGGCCGCCAUCCAAGGCUACAAGCUGUACUAUAAGGAAGAAGGCCAGCAAGAGAGCGGACCAAUUCUGCUCAGGGCCAGGGAUUCCACCUACACCAUCGGCGGCCUGGACCCCAGAAGGAAGUAUCACGUGAGGCUGCUGGCAUACAACAGCAUGGAGGAAGGCUACGAGGCAGACCAGACUGUCAGCACCCCCGGCUGCGUGUCUAUUCGGGACCGCCUGGUGCCACCCCCUCCACCACCCCACCACCUUUACGCCAAAGCAAACUCUUCCUCCUCCAUCUUCCUGCACUGGGGGCGGCCUGCCUUCACUUCAGCACAGGUCAUCAACUACACUCUCCGCUGUCACCCUGUGGGACUGCAGAAUGCGUCUUUGGUGCUCUAUCUCCAAACGUCAGAGACUCACUUGAUGGUCCAAGGACUGGAGCCAAAUACCAAGUAUGAGUUUGCCGUUCGGCUGCAUGUGGAUCAGCUCUCCAGCCCAUGGAGUCCAGUGGUUUACCACACCACCCUCCCAGAAGCCCCAGCUGGUCCACCCCUGGAAGUGAAGGCAACACUGAUUGAGGAAGACACCGCCUUGGUCUCCUGGAAGCCACCAGCUGGCAUCAGAACCCUUGUCUCCCGUUACACCAUACUGUAUGCCUCCAGGAAAGCUUGGAUCGCAGGCGAGUGGCAUGUCCUGCAUCGGGAAGGAACAAUAACCAUGGCUUUACUAGAGAACCUUAGGGUGGGAAGUGUCUACCUCAUCAAACUUGCUGCAUCCAACGAAGUGGGCGAAGGGCCUUUUUCUAGUGUGGUGGAACUUGUGGUCCUGCCAAAGGAACCCUUGGAGGCAAACCAAAGACCAAAACGCCUGGAUUCUGCAGAGGCUGACACAACUCGUUCUGGCUCUUAUCAGUUGGACCAGAGGUCAAUGACGGGCAUAAUUGCAGGUGUCUCCAUUGCCCUGGGGUGCAUUUUAGUCUGCAUCCUUAUCCUGAUCUACCAUGGCAAAGCAAGGAAAGCAACCCCUUCCAAAAGCAGCCAGCCCAGCCCUGACCCACUCCCUCGCAAUGGCAGCCACUCUUCUACAGAGAGCCACGGGGGAGCCAAAACUCUGCAAAGCCUGGCAGAGAAUGAGCGAUCUCUCUUGCCCAGGAUUACAGGGGGAAGCUUUCUGGAUGCCAAGGGUGGAACUGACCUUAUUAUAAACCGCUUUGGUCCAGUCACGAAGAAGAGAGCCCAGAAGAAACGGCUCUUCCUCCAUAGCUCUCGGAAGGAGAAAGCAGAGGCCCCGAGGCAGAUGGCCUCAGCAGCCUUCCUGUACCGGUCAGGGGCAGCCAUGCUCAUUGGUGAAGAGCAGCAGCCAAGUGCCCAAGUGAUCUGCAGCCUAGGAAAUGACACAGAGCAUUCAGCCAACAGCCAAGGCAGCCACGAGACUGGGGAUUCGGGAAGGUUCUCCCAUGAGUCCAACGAGGAGCUGCAUCCUCCUUCUGGCUUUGGGGCUGCAGAUUCUUUCCCAGGCAGCAACUCGCAUCUGACAACCAGCUGUCCUGUCUCUAAGCCUCUCCAGCCGCCGCUGGCUGCCAGUGGCAAUGGGACAUCUUGCAGGGAACAAUGAACUGGGAGGCCAAGCUUUCAGUGGGAUGCCCGAGGACUGGCAGGCAACCUGUGUUUCCACCGCCUCUUUGUGUUUUCCUUCCCUAGUGAAUGUCCAGUGUGCAAAAAUGUGAAAGGAGAGCAGGAUGGCCCUCCUCUCUGUCACUGGAGCAAAGGUGCCCCCUUUGCUUGGAUAUCUACCUCAGCUUGCCAAGGCAGACGCCAAAGGAAGCAACCGCACUACCUCAUUUGCUUGUGUGAAAGUAUUGCUUGUGGCUGCAGGACUGGUGAUCACUUCCUGGCAGCCCCAAGUCCUUUCCCUGAAUGUAUGGAGAGCAAGUGUGUGCCUGUGAGCCAAGGAGUUGUGUUGGGAAGCAGAGGGGUCUGCCCCACUGGCCUUGGGCAGAACGAUCCCCAAAAGAGGGUCACUCCAGGGGCCGGGGGGCCAAGGCUGCAGGUAGCUCUGGGGCCGUCCAUGGGCCACCCCACCCCCAGGGUCCCACCUGCCUUGUCAGUGCCUUCUUCUAGAGUCCACAGUUGGGGAGACCGGGAGGGGAGGGGGGGGCUUUCUGUCUCUGCUGUGAUCCCUUGGCCAGAUGAUUCCCCCAAGUGUUCUGGCGGUAACGGUGCCUUCCAUUAGAUAGUUAUGAACUCACUGCUUGCCUUACUUAUGAAGUUUCUCUGGAGUGCAGAACGAGGCCUUACAUGUGCUCUGCAGGUUACCUUGGGAAUCCCCCAUUGAUUUCCCUGGCUGGUCCUGAGCAUGGAAGCCCAUUCGACUGGGACAUGGCCCCCAGGCCAGUGCUCGGACAAGCCCCUCCCCCCUAAAGGCACAGUGGAGCAUCCUCUUGGUUCCCACACAGCUCUUGUUUUAUACUACCUCUUUUUAAAAUUAUUGUAGUGUUAUUGUUUUCCUGUGCUCAGGGUGCAGUUAAUUACUUUUAAGCUGUCUUGCGUGUUGUAAGGCAAACUGACAGGGUAUCUCAUGUUUUGUUUUGUUCUGAAGUUAGUGAGUGAGCGAGUGAAUGAGAUGGUGAGCAAAAGAGAGAGGUCGUAUUCACCAAAAAUGUGAGCUAGCUGGUACAGUUCCCUACUGUUUCCAUUUAGAAAAGGUUUGGCCAAAUAUCCUAGAUGUGACUCCCAGAUGGCUGUCUUGCAGGUGACAGGAAAUAUACAUUUAGGACAUGAGGCUGGUUGUGGGUCUGAAUGGGGCCUUGCAAGAGCCCCCAGAGGCUGCUGUGUCAUUUGAGAGCGUUGGCCAGGCCGACACUGUCUUUUCCACCAUUUUUCUGAUGCAAAGGCUUUAAAGAAAAUAAUAAUCUUGUACCAAAGAAUGUUCUGUGGGAAGGAGAAGAAAGCUUCAUAUUUUCCCCAAAAGAUAAUUAAGAUAGUUAAAAAACGCAGCAUCAAAUAAUUUGAAUGCCUAAGUAGAUAGGAACCCAAAAGAGCUGAGAACCAAAUGGAGAUUAGGAGUGGACUGGGUGGUUUUACAAAGUGAUCUUUCGUGUUAUUGCUGCCAGAAUAGUUUUAUAAAAGUUGGAGUAAGAACCUCUCAGCGCCAGUGACUUCAAGUGUCAUUUUAUUUUCCUUUUCUUCAGCAGUUCUAUUAAGUAGCAGAGAGAAUAUUUCUGAAUGUUCAUUUAUACUUGUUGAAGAAAAGGAAACUCGUUUGCCAAAGAUUGAUGGGGGUGGUGUGUCUUGUUGGCCAGAGCUGCGCCUGCCCUACCAUCAAAUGAUGUCUGCUCAGGUGGGCAGCUUGCUGAGUUUCAUGGCAAUACCUUUCAAGGCCCGCUGUGCUGAGGAGGCCCCCUUCUUCUCCAAAGACUUGUUUGCUGUGAAUAUUGACACUUUUGGACCUCUUCUGGGGACGAGGAGGCAGUGCCAGGGCAUUCUUGAUUCUGGCAGUUGGCAGCUGAAGACACGCCCCGUCCCUUGAGCCCUUUGGUGAAGCCCUCAGGAUGGAGGAGCCUGCCCUCACACAGAGGUGUGGGGCUGGAGCAGAGACAUCCUGGCCUAGGAAGGUGCGCUGAUGACCUCCUUGGGUCUUCUGUUUUUCCUGUAGAGUGUCCUUUUCUCCCGAGUUGCCAGAGCACAAGCUCAAGAGAGGGAGGGAGGGAGGGAGGGGGAUUUGCAAUUUGGAAAUAGUUUGUGUCCAAGGUUGCAAAGCAGCAAAUGAAGAAAACCAAAGAUAUUUAAGGCUACCUCGACAUAGAGGCCUAUGCUAGGUAGGUAGGUGACCUUUCUUUACUUUUGUUGUUUUUGUUGUUUUAUUUUGUUUUGAAUUGACAUUACCUUUUCAGGUGCUCCCCCCCCACACCUGUAUACGGGGCUGUGUGUGUGUGAAUGAUCUUUCCUUCAUUGCAGGGCAAACUUGGGCUAGUGUGGGGUGGGGGUUGAGGAUGACUCUCACCAGGGACUGCCCCCAGCAGUUCCCUGGGACAUCCAAGAAAGCAUUUGGAAGCAUGACCUGACCCUCCCAGUGCAUAUGCUGAGCUUGUGCCAUCAGCAACCUGCACAGGUGGAGCACUUGGUUCACAUGGAAACAUCUGUAACCAGGUUCUCCAUUCUGAAGAGCAGUGAAACGCCCCUUGAGUGAAGGCCAUUUUUCCAAAUACCAGUUCAGGGCAUCUAGUCCAUGCAGUGCCAGAAAAAGAGCCAGGUGAGGUGCACAAGGUGUCUGUGUGUGCAGUUUGCAGAUCUUUGGGCAGUUGAGUGUGGCUCUCCCCCUCCCCCUGGCACCUGGGGGACCUCCUGACCUGUAUUGGGGGGCACAGCUGAGCCGUGUGGGCUCGGCCACAAUGAUCUCCAAGCAUUGUGUAUAAAGCCUGUGCUUUGUGAACCUCACCAGUCAUGGCAGGUUCAGCAAACCUUCUUUCCAUUCGUUUGGGAGACCCUUAUCCCAAGUUGCAGGUUUAAGACACGUCUUAAUUUUGUUUUGAACACUAUCCUGAAUUUAUCCAUCUAUUUAAAAAGAGUUUAAUGUUUUUCCAUCUCAUCCUUGGGGUGCUUCAGAACUCUAGCUGGCAUUGUCACCACAAGAUUUGCUCUGUUUUUUUCUGUGACACAUUUCUUUGGGCACAACUGUUUUGCUGCUGCUUUUACUCUUCUUGUUCUCAAGUACCACCCCACCUCAAAAGCAGGGCAGUGAAGCCUCAGGAAAAGGGGGUUACAAUGGCAUCACCAGGGCAUCCCCUCGCACACCUUGGCUGCCUUGCCUUGUAUCUCAAAAAUGGGUGGCAACACCACCCAACUCUCACUUGCACCUGAAUUCAUUUUCCAUCUAUUUGGAAGAGUAACUAAAAUCAGAGCAGGAGGGAAAGGUGAAGUGCCUGAAAUCAAUCACAUCUGGAUUCCAGUUGUGCAUUGGAGCAAGUGUGAACCUCAUCACUGGUGUGUACUUUGCUGACUCCAGACUCUUUGGGCAAGUUGGCACAUGGAGCUUCCACCCCAAAGCUGUCUCAAUCUUGUUGCUGCACACACAGAGCACUUGCUGCAUCAGGCCUGGCACUUUGCUAAAUGGCUGUUUAAAAUGAAUUUGCUUUCGUGUAUUCUUGAAGAUGUGAAUGAAUUGCCAGUGGGGGAGUCCAGCAAGGCUUUUUGGCCAAGGGUGGUCUGGCUCUUGCCACUCCUGCUGUUUUCUUGAAGGGCCAUCAGUGGCUGGCUGGCCAAUGGGGGAAUCGAGCUGAAUUAUAUUAAUUUUAUAUUUGACUCAGGGGAUCAGCUCUGUGAACUCCAUUGCGUCAGGACAGUUGGUGACGGUCUGAUAAUGAAUGUACCUUGUCUUUUUUAAACAUUUUGCUUAUAAUGUGCUUUUUUUAAAAAAAAAAAUUGAUAGCAUAGUGAAUGUUUACCUGUGUCCUUCCUCUUUCCCUUCAUCAGUUCCCAGGCUUGUCCUGAUGCUAGCACAAACGUCAUGCCAAAAAUGAGUAGAAAUUUAAAUGCCAAAAUGUUUAUGAAAUUGCUCUCUUACACAAAUGGAUUGCACAGUUGAAAUAAAAGUUUCCUGUAGUAA